AUGCACACAGAGCCCUCUUAUCAGGCCCUACGGCCGCACUGCAGCUCAGCUGGCACUACAGAAAACCGGAACCCAAAACUGGGCCUAAGAGUCCAGGGACUGGGGGCCAGCCGUGGCCGAGCACCUCCGAGCUCUCACCCGGAUUUAGAGCGGAAUUUCCUGCAGCCUCUCCAGCUUCACGCCUACAGGGCUGCCAGCAGGCAGAAGCUGGACCAGAGAGCAUUUCUGGAGCAGGUGCAUGAAUGCAGGGACAAUGGCUACCUGCUGUCCUCCAAGAAGAUUGGUUCUGGGGCCUUCUCCAAAGUCUACCUGGCCUACGCCACACAGGAGCGCAUGCGGCACAACUGCAAGCUGGCCUCUGACCUGCGGGGCAAGCGCCACACCAUGUGGCCACCCUCCACACCUGCAGAUUUCAUCACUCAAUGCUACCUACAAGCACCUGAACGUGGUGGGCAGAGACCCCAGGCAGCCUGGCCCUUCCUAUCUACCUCAGGCCCACCCUUUCCCCUCCUGGGACCCUUAUACUUGGGCCGGCCCCAUUCCGAGACCCCUGCCCCGUGCACCCGAGGGCCCUGGUUGGGGGUAACGGCAGGAGGGGGGCGCCGGCAGGUGCAGCUGUAUGAGACCUUCGCGAACAGCCGGCGCACCUACUUGGUAUUGGAGCUGGCGGCCCGCGGCAACCUGCUGGAGCACAUCAAUGCCAUGUCUGCUCACCACCGCUGCCCGGGACUGGAGGAGGAGGAGGCCCGCAGGCUGUUGUGGCAGCUCGUCAGUGCCGUGGCGCACUGCCACAACUUAGGCAUCGUGCACCGGGACUUGAAGUGUGAGAACAUCCUGCUAGAUGACAGAGGCUGCCUAAAGCUGAGUGACUUUGGCUUUGCCAAUUGGUCCGGGCUCAAGAACUCAUUGCUGAGCACCUUCUGCGGGUCUGUGGCCUACACAGCCCCAGAGAUCCUCAUGAGCAAGAAGUACAACGGGAAGCAGGCCGACCUGUGGAGCCUAGGUGUCAUCCUCUACGCCAUGGUGACUGGGAAGCUGCCCUUCAAGGAGUGCCAGCCCCACCGAAUGCUGUACCUGAUGCGCCGGGGCCCCACCUUCCGGCCAGGCCUGUCCCCAGAGUGCCAGGACCUGAUCCGAGGCCUACUCCAGCUGCACCCACGAGCUCGCCUGGGCCUGCAGCAGGUGGCCACCCACCACUGGAUGCUGCCUGCUGCACACGCCCUCUUCUGUACCACACUCUGCGCUAUACCAGAAAAAACAGAGAAGCCCCAGCUCCGAACAUCACUGGACAAUGUGGAGCCCAACGCGGACUCUGAUCCCCCAAGGUUGCUCCUGCAACUGUGGCGGCCCCAGCUACAGGGCACCUCUCAUGAGAGUGCCUCUGGUCCGGCGCCUGAGCCCCCAGGGGCUUGCCCGAGACAGGGUGCAGACUCUGCCGGGCUUGAGCUCUGGAGCACGGAGACGGCCGGUCGCACGGUGGGUCGCUCCAGGCAUCCACUGUUGCUAUGCUCCAUCCGGAGUGUGCCUGGGCACUACCCAGUUAGCUGAGGGUGGGCGGGAGGCCCCUCAGGACUGAGGACUGAGGACCAGGACUGAGGACAAGAGGGCUGGGGAUGGGUGGGGGGGGUGCUCUGUG